AGUCUAAGUAGAGGCAUCCUCGGCACAGUUAAGACUGCUGAGUGUAAUCCGAAUCAAUCCAUCAAUCUCACCUGCCUGGGCCAUCUGAUGCAGCUAUAUGUUAAUGGAUCUGGGAGAACAAGAGCUCAAACACAUUUUGCAUUGUCUUUCUUUUCUUCUUUGGUUUUUAAUUAAAGCCUCCAAGAGAGGCUCUAUCCCUAACGAACCGCGGAGACAGACCCUGGGGCUCAGGAAGAGCUACAGAGGGGCGGAGCGUUGGGCGUGGCUUUCAGGGGCGUGACCGAGUGGGCGUGGUCUGGGAAAUUUCUUGGCUAGGGCGGGAGCGGGCGCUGCGGUCAGCUGAGCGGCGCCUGGCGGGUCGCGAGGCCGCGCGUCACCGUCCAGCUGCCCGGUCGCCGCCCCCCGGCUGGUCCCUGGCGGGCGUCGGCAUCCAGAGCUUUGGGACAAAAUACCAACGAAGCAGUGACCUAAGAGGAGAGGAUCCCUGUGGCCGGACCUGUUACCAUGUCCCAUCAACCUCUGAGCUGCCUGACUGAGAAGGGGGACAGCCCUUGUGAGACCCCAGGAAAUGGACCCUCCAAUAUGGUUCACCCCAGCCUGGACACAUUCACCCCUGAGGAGCUGCUGCAGCAAAUGAAGGAACUCCUGGUUGAGAACCACCAGCUGAAAGAAGCCAUGAAGCUAAAUAAUCAAGCUAUGAAAGGGCGAUUUGAGGAGCUGUCCGCCUGGACAGAGAAGCAGAAGGAAGAGCGCCUGUUGUUUGAGAUGCAAAGCAAAGAGGUUAAGGAGCGCCUUAAGGCCCUGACUCAUGAAAAUGAGAGGCUGAAGGAAGAGCUUGGAAAAUUCAAAGAGAAAUCAGAAAAGCCAUUGGAAGACCUCACAGGUGGCUACAGGUAUCCCAGAGCCUUGGAGGAGGAAGUGGAGAAGCUGAAGACCCAGGUGGAGCAGGAAGUGGAGCAUCUGAAGAUCCAGGUGAUGCGCCUUCGGGCUGAAAAGGCAGACCUGCUGGGCAUCGUCUCAGAACUGCAGCUCAAACUCAACUCCGGCGGCUCCUCGGAAGACUCCUUCGUUGAGAUCAGGAUGACCGAAGGAGAGACUGAAGGGGCAAUGAAGGAGAUGAAGAACUGCCCUACACCCACAAGAACAGACCCCAUCAGCUUGAGCAACUGUACAGAGGAUGCCAGGAGUUGUGCGGAGUUUGAAGAACUGACUGUGAGCCAGCUUCUGCUUUGCCUAAGGGAAGGAAACCAAAAGGUGGAGAGACUUGAAGUCGCCCUCAGAGAAGCCAAAGAAAGAAUUUCAGAUUUUGAAAAGAAAGCAAAUGGCCAUUCUUCUACUGAGAAGCAGACAGCGAGGAGAGCAGACAGAGAGAAGGAGGACAAAGGCCAAGAGAGUGUUGGAAGCGAAGUGGAAACACUGAGCAUUCAAGUGACCUCUCUGUUUAAGGAGCUUCAAGAGGCACACACAAAACUCAGUGAGGCUGAGCUGAUGAAGAAGAGACUUCAAGAAAAGUGUCAGGCUCUGGAGAGGAAGAACUCUGCAACACCAUCAGAGCUGAAUGAAAAGCAAGAGCUCGUUUACAGUAACAAGAAGUUAGAGCUGCAGGUGGAGAGCAUGCGCUCCGAAAUCAAGAUGGAGCAGGCCAAGACAGAGGAGGAGAAGUCCAGGUUAGCCACUCUGCAGGCAACUCACAACAAGCUCCUUCAAGAACAUAAUAAGGCACUGAAAACAAUUGAAGAACUAACCAAGCAACAGGCAGAAAAGGUGGACAAGAUGUUGCUGCAGGAGCUCAGCGAGAAGCUGGAGCUGGCAGAGCAGGCUCUGGCAUCCAAACAGCUCCAGAUGGAUGAGAUGAAGCAGACGCUCGCUAAGCAGGAGGAAGACCUGGAGACCAUGGCCGUCCUCAGGGCUCAGAUGGAGGUGUACUGCUCAGAUUUUCACGCUGAGAGAGCAGCAAGAGAGAAGAUUCAUGAAGAAAAGGAGCAGCUGGCCUUGCAGCUCGCGAUUUUGCUGAAAGAGAACAAUGACAUUGAAGAGGGAGGCAGUAGACAGUCCCUGAUGGAAAUGCAGUGCCGACACGGGGCAAGAACCAGUGACUCUGACCAGCAGACUUACCUGUUUCAAAGAGGAGCCGAGGACAGGAGCUGGCAGCACGGGCAGCAGCCUCGCAGUAUUCCGAUUCACUCCUGCCCCAAGUGCGGGGAGGUCCUGCCGGACAUCGACACGCUUCAGAUCCAUGUGAUGGACUGCAUCAUUUGAGUGUUCUCUCCAGUCCCCAAAGCUCUUGGGUUGCGCUGUAUAGCCCUGGCUGUCCUGGAACUCAUUUUGUGGACCAGGCUGGCUUCAAACUCACAGAUACCUGCCUCUCUUCUAGGUGCUGGAACUAAAGGCAUGUGCCAGCAAACCUGGUUUAUUUGUGUUACAUUCCUGCCUUUACAGUCGUCACUCCCUUUUUUUUUUUUUUUUUUUUUUUUUUUUUUUGGUUUUUCGAGACAGGGUUUCUCUGUGUAGCCCUGGCUGUCCUGGAACUCACUUUGUAGACCAGGAUGGCCUCGAACUCAGAAAUCCGCCUACCUCUGCCUCCCGAGUGCUAGGAUCAAAGGCGUGCGCCACCACGCCCAGCGUCACUCACAUUUUAAUAGCAUGGUUAGCUGCAUGUGUUAAUCAGACUUUUGCUGCUGUGACAAAAUAUCUGACCAAAAAUGGAAAAGGAAGAAAAGUUUCUUCUGGCUUGGGGUGUCAAAGGUUUUGGUCCUUCCCGUUGGGAAGGCUGUGGUUGAACUGGGCAGCUUACACCAUGGGAGGCCAGUGUUCAGUCAGAAAGAGCCACAUGGAACUUCCACAGAAUUACACACACAACAAGAUGCCCACUAAGGGAAGAUUUACCUAGAAAAACACUGCAGCCAUCUGGCUGACUGCUCACAGUGACUCAUGAGCAGAACAUAAAAACACUGGCUGGCUUAUGUGGAAGGGUGCUAAUUAGAUUCUUCUUUGUGACUUCCUGUCAGUCCAGAAGAUGCUCUCCCUAGGAGGGGUACAUUUUCUUUCUCCAGAAAUAAGGAGUGUGUCAAAAAUAUUUGUGAUAUAUGUGACAGUAAAGAAGACAGAAGUACAAGUGUUGGAGGAGAUGCCUAAUCCCAGUGGGCUCCCCACCUGCCAAGUAGUACUGCCCAUGUUUAAUGUCAACCCUUCCCUCUCCAGAAACUAAGGAGAGAGGUACUAAUUUCCAGGGCGCUUUGCAACAGCAGUCACACUGACAAAGUUAGCGACUAUUAUUACUCUUGGAGCAAAGCCCUCAGGUGGCCGGGCUUGCAGGGCAAGCACAUUAGCAGCUUGGUCAUCUCGCCCGUCCUUCAUGCUUAUUAAUAUUUGCUGUCUGUCCAUUCAGCAGUCUGUCUGCCCUUCCUUUUCCUGAUAUAAUAGCCAUCUUAACAGAAUAAUACAUUAUGUCAUUUGGCUUUGUGUUUUCCCAGUGAUCAGUUAUCUUGAGCCUUCUGUAUAGCUCUUGGCCACUUACAAGCCAUUGGAGAUGUGUCUGCUUCAGUUCAUUGACCGUUUUCAAGUUGUGUUACUUGGUUUAUUGGGUUUUAUUCUAUUUAUGGUGGCUGAUAUUUUGUACAUUAACCACUUUGUAUACACACACACACACAUACACACACACGCAGUUUGCUUUGCAAAUAUUCUCUUUCAUUCUGUAGUUGGUUCUAAUAAAUGUUGGUUGUUUCUUUGGCCAG